AUGACGGGCUCCACCAUGUCCGAUCUCACGGAGUUCGCGGUAGUAAAUAUCUGUCGCAGUGAUGGCCAAGAUACCGGUCCGGGGUACUGGCCAGCACCCACAGAUGCUGCGAAGGCCGCGAAAAAGACCACUGCGCCUGUGGACAAGAUACCGAGGGCGAAGCCUCAGAUGGUCCGUUUGGCUGAAGAUGAUCCGAGAUUUCAGGAAUGGCGAGUGAAGCUGGGUAUCUUGUUGAAGCAGGAAUUGAGUCCUACAGAAGGUCUUCCCUGGCUCCUCAACUUCCCGCGAGGAUACUGGCUCUACGAGAAAUCGAAGCAUCUAUGGGUUUCCGGGUACCCUUCAAAGUCGAAGCUUUACAAAAGCCCCCAAGAGUUUGGCCUCCAUCUUCUCUGGCUGCUCUCCAGCUCCACGGACCGCAUGGACUGCCGCUGCAUCCAUUGCAACAUUCGAGAAGUGCCGAACAUCGAAGAGCUAACGGUAACGGAUACCCCACGUGCUCUGCCAGGACCAGCCAACCCUCAACCACCGUCCAAGAUGCGGAAGGUUACGCCACAGAUGCCGCUCAGCCGUACUGCAUCGCCAGCCCCUGCUGCAGCAGCAACACCGCCGACGAGUGUGAAGAAGGAAACGCCUGUACCAGUACCGACGCCGUCGAUCAAGAAGGAAACUCCCGUUCCUGUGCCGGCGAUACCUCGGGCAGCACCCAUUUCGGGACCUGCCCCGAGUCAAUCACAGCCUGGUCAGGCUCCCAUCCAGCCGACCCAAUUUCAACCAAGCCAGCCUCCUGUACAGACACCAGCCCAAACGCAAUCUCCCGCGCAAGUCGCUGCUCAACCUCUGGGACAAACUCCAGUACAACAUGUUCAGCAGGUUGUAGGUCAAGGUCCCUACCAGCAGCCACAAAUCCCUCCGUAUCCUCCUCCAUUUCUCGGCAUACAGCCAGCAGCGCUGUUCCGCGCUGGUGAGAUGGUUUGGUUCCAAAUGUCGUCUGGCUGGCGAAUCGGCAUCGUUUCAGCCACAGGCAUUAUCAAUCCGAAGAACAGCAAGCCCGAAACACUCCAGAUUCUUCCUAUAUCCCACUUCCUAUUCGGGCAGUCUCCUGUUCAUCUCAUUGAAGCCUCUGCCCGGCCCUUCCUCGCCUUCUCCGUUCCCGGCGUGGGCACCGCUGAGCUUCAAGAUAAGCCUUACGACCAAGUGCCAUGGGAAUCCUUCCUCGGCAGCCUUUCGGCCGACGAUACGCACCGCCGUGAGGUUAUUCUCCUAGAUUCCUCCAAGAUGGCUGCCCAAAAGAUUGGCCAGUCUUUCUCCCUUUUCACUCGCGUCUCUACUACCGAGGACGGCAAGAAAACGGACUACAAUGGAAUAUUCCUUGGCGCAGAACGUGUAGAGCUCGGCGACGUCCUGCGUAUCCGUAUCUCGCCCGACCAUGGCCUUCCCGAAGCUGCUGCGGCCCUCCCAGAUGCUCUUCUUGGUCUCCGUGAGAUUUGCACCGCCGUCGACAUGCCUGGGUCAGUAUUCUUUAAAGGCGACAUCUACCAGCCCAUCAGUGGCGAUAGCCAGCCUGUAGGUGGCAUGCCUGUGUCUGAGGACAAGCUACCACGUGCUCUCCGCGAGGAAUGCGCCUUCCGGUUCAAAUUCGCUCCCACCGAGCGUUGGCGCUGCGUCCUUCUUCGACACAAUGCUGUCCUCCGCGAGGGCGACCUUAAAGGACGUUUCUAUCCAAGUCACAAGCUUCUUCCGUUGCUCGAGGGUCAGUCAAAGGUACUAGCGGAGGCACAAAAGGGCAUCGUUCGCGACGCACAGCAGCGGCUCAACCAACGUACAGAUACGUUCAAGACGGGGUAUAUUGGUCUCAAAACCAGCAGAGUCGACACCAUUGGUCCCGCAUUACCCCCUAAUAGCGUCAUACAGUUUGGGCCCGAGGUACGAGAGGAAGAAACCUAG